AUGGAUACUAACAGAGGUGAAGAAAUCAACGGAGAAUUUUAUCCGAUGAUUGCUUUAAAUAUUAUGGAUAUUAACAGAGUGGAUCGUAUAGGUGACUUUCAAUGUUUAGUUGGAUAUUUACCUGUUCACUUGAUGGUUUUAAUUCCGAAUAACUUUAGCAGUGAAUUGAGCAAUAAGUCUUGGCCAUUAUCUAAUAUAAUUAUCCGUCAUAUGAAUUGA